UUUUUUAAACAAGCCAAUACAAUCUCUCCUCACAGGCACAAGCACUAGCACAAACUGCACAAGCACUAGCACUAGCACUAGCACAAACUGCGCAACAACCAAAAUCGCUAAUCAACAACAAAACCCGCCACCGCCGUCGCCGUCGCCAUCGCCAUUGCCGCCGUUGUAGGAGAGAGAAAUUGAAGAAUGGAGUCGCCGGGGCAAUGGCUAGAGAAGGAAUUGAAUGAAUUGUGCAAAAAAGUAGACACUCCUUUUGACUUUGAUUCUGAUAUGAUUUCCGGCCUUGUUUCUUACUGUGAAUUUGCUCCUCCGCUCGACGCCAAAGAAUACCUUGAUAACAUCGUUGGUGAGGAAGCAGGCAAAACUGUCAUACAAGAAUACUUAAGACGAAGGGGCUACUCACCAUCACCUGAAGCAGUUGGUGCUUCUGCUUCCAAAUUACAGGCGUAUGUCAAGCCAAGUGCUGAUGAAGGCUUGACCAGUGGAGCCAAGAAACCAUCCAGGGCACAGAAAGAGGCUUCAGCUUCUAAUAACCAAAAUAGUAAGGUAAAAAUAGAGGCUGCAGAGUCAGGAAACAGGCAACAAAAUAACUCUAGAAAGAAAAAGGGUGGGAAGGUUAUAUCACUUGCAGAAGCUGCCAAGGGAACUAUCGUAUAUCAGCAAGGCAAACCAUGCUCUUGCCAGGCACGUCGACAUAGAUUGGUGAGCAACUGCUUAUCUUGCGGUAAAAUAGUAUGUGAACAGGAAGGGGAAGGGCCUUGUAAUUUUUGUGGGGCUCUAGUCCUGAAGGAAGGAAGUACAUAUGCUGGUUUGGAGGUGUCUGCAGUACCUGAAACGGAAGCUGAGGUAGCUGCAAAUGCUUAUGCCAAGAGGCUUGUUGAUUUUGAUCGGAAUGCAGCUGCACGCACAAGUGUUAUUGAUGACCAAAGUGACUACUAUGAUGAGGGUAACAGCUGGUUGUCCAUGGAGGAAAAGGAACUUUUAAGGAAGAAGCAAGAGGAGAUUAAAGCAGAUGAGGAAGCAAAACGAAAGAGAGUAGUUGUGGCUUUUGACUUGGUUGGCCGUAGGGUAUUGUUAAACCAAGAUGACACUUCAGAACUUGAAACUGGACUCAACAUUCUAAGGCCACCUGAUCAGAGAGAAGCAAGCCGAGUCAAACCAAAUCCCACCCUUCAGGUGCAACCAGUUUUCAUUGAUCCCGGCCCUAGGGAAAAGCCUCUCAAGGACAAGCGCUCUAACAAAGGUCUAAACAAGGGACUGUGUUUGGAGAUCAGUGGAAGGGUGCAACAUGAUCGCAGUGAUUUCAAGCACUUUGUGGAGGAACCUCUUGGAUCUUCUUCAGCAAAUGAUUAUUUGCAAGGGCUAACUUGGAAUGGUGUCACACACAUGGAAGAUGAUGCUGAGUGCUCUGCAUACUAGUAUUACAUAGUGAGGUUUAGGCCCCUAACUGUACUAUGCUUGUUUCAGGCAGCUCCGUUACAAUAAGCACAGUGCACGUUGGCUUUUCCGUUGGGUUUGUCGAGAGUUCUGCAACAUUGAAGAAGGCUAGGAAGGAAUAAAAACGUGCUUAAUGAUUUCAGGGUUGGUGGUCAAGGUACGUAACUAUGUGUUGUAUCCAGUGCUAGACUGUGUUAGUUGAUUGUUGCAUGAUCGCUUGAUCAAAUUACUAAGUUUAAGGUUUGAGGUAUGUAUGCUUCUCAUCUGCCUAAAAUUCAAGUAAAUUGGUAUUAUUCUAUGCUUUCUGGGUUGAUAUUGAAGUUUUUGGAAAAAAUUCAUUCUAAUUUGGAUGCUUUGUUAUGCUUUUGUUCUUAAUCAAUUAGUGGUAUACAUUCAACUUC